AUGGUGGUCCACCGCAGCAGCUUGGAGAUACACGGCCACUCCGCCACCUCGGCCUCGGACUCCUUGGACCUGUCCAGCGAGUUCCUCAGCCUGGAGCAGAUCGGCCGGAGGCGGCUCCGAUCGGCCGGCGCCGCGCAGAAACCCGCCGUCACAGCGGCCGUGGCCCGCGAUGGGUCUUCAGUUAAGGAAGUCGAAACCUACCACCGGACACGUGCUUUAAGGUCUUUGAGAAAAAAUGCACAGAAUUCUUCAGAUUCUAGUUUUGAUAAGAAUAUGGAAGUAACGGAGAAUCAUGCUAAUGGCAGGCAUUUUACAAGGCAGUUGGCCAGACAGCAGGCUGAUAAAAAAAAAGAAGAGUGCAAAGAAGACAAAGUGAUUCCAGUUAUUCGGUCAUUGAGGACUAGAAAUAUUGUUCAAACUACAGGCCACUUGCACGAAGAGAAUGGUGAUGUUGAAGUGCGCCGCAGUUGCAGGAUUAGAAGUCGUUAUAAUACUGUAAACCAGUCUGUGCUAUUUGACAAACUUAUAACAAACACCGCUGAAGCUGUACUUCAAAAAAUGGAUGACAUGAAGAAAAUGCAUAGACAGCAAAUGAGAGAACUCGAAGACUUCAGAGUGUUUAAUGAAACAGAAGAAGGCAAUCUUAAUAUGUACACAAGAGGAAAACAAAAAGGUAUUCAAAGAACUGAUGAAGAAACAACUGAUAAUCAAGAAGGCAGUGUGGAAUCGUCUGAAGAGGGUGAAGACCAAGAAGAUGAAGAUGAUGGUGAAGAUGAAGAUGAUGGUGAAGAUGAAGAUGAUGAUGAUGAUGGUGACGACGACGAUGACGACGACGAUGAUGACGAUGAUGACGAAGAAGAUGGAGAAGAAGAUAAUCAGAAACGCUAUUAUCUUAGACAAAGAAAGGCUGCUGUUUACUAUCAGGCUCCAUUGGAAAAACCUCGUCAUCAGAGAAAGCGCAACAUAUUUUAUAGUGGCCCAGCUUCUCCCACAAGACCAAGAUACAGAUUAUCUUCUGUAGGACCAAGAAGUCCCUACUAUAAACGAAUGAACAGGCGAAGGCAUGCAAUCCACAGCAGUGACUCUACUUCAUCUUCCUCUUCUGAAGAUGAACAACACUUUGAGAGGCGGAGAAAAAGGAGCCGUAAUAAAGCUAUCAAUAGGUGUCUCCCACUAAAUUUUCGAAAAGAUGAAUUAAAAGGCAUUUAUAAAGAUAGAAUGAAAAUCGGAGCAAGCCUUGCUGAUGUUGAUCCAAUGCAACUAGAUUCUUCAGUACGAUUUGAUAGUGUUGGUGGCCUGUCAAAUCAUAUUGCAGCUCUAAAAGAAAUGGUGGUAUUUCCAUUACUUUAUCCAGAAGUGUUUGAAAAAUUCAAAAUUCAACCCCCAAGAGGUUGUUUGUUUUAUGGUCCGCCUGGAACUGGAAAAACUCUAGUUGCUAGAGCACUUGCCAAUGAGUGCAGUCAAGGAGAUAAAAGAGUAGCAUUUUUCAUGAGGAAAGGUGCUGAUUGUCUGAGUAAAUGGGUAGGGGAAUCUGAAAGACAGCUACGAUUGCUAUUUGAUCAGGCCUAUCAGAUGCGCCCGUCAAUUAUUUUCUUUGAUGAAAUCGAUGGUCUGGCUCCAGUACGGUCAAGCAGGCAAGAUCAAAUUCACAGUUCUAUUGUUUCCACCCUGCUGGCUCUUAUGGAUGGAUUGGACAGCAGAGGGGAAAUUGUCGUAAUUGGUGCUACCAACAGACUAGAUUCUAUAGACCCUGCUUUACGAAGGCCUGGUCGAUUUGACAGAGAAUUCCUUUUUAGCCUACCUGAUAAAGAUGCUCGAAAAGAGAUUCUAAAGAUUCACACAAGGGAUUGGGAUCCCAAACCACUGGACAUAUUUUUAGAAGAACUAGCAGAAAACUGUGUUGGAUACUGUGGAGCAGAUAUUAAGUCAAUAUGUGCUGAAGCUGCUUUAUGUGCUCUACGUCGACGCUACCCACAGAUCUAUACCACUAGUGAGAAACUACAGUUGGAUCUCUCUUCAAUUAAUAUCUCAGCUAAAGAUUUUGAGGUGGCUAUGCAAAAGAUGAUACCAGCUUCCCAAAGAGCUGUGACAUCACCUGGGCAGGCACUGUCCAGCAUUGUGAAACCACUUCUGCAAAGCACUGUUCACAAGAUCUUAGAAGCCCUGCAAAGAGUAUUUCCACAUGCAGAAAUCAGAACAAAUAAAGCACUGGACUCAGGUAUUUCUUAUCCUCUGCUAGAAAGUGACUUGGCAUACAGUGACGAUGAUGUUCCAUCAGUAUAUGAAAAUGGACUUUCUGAGAAAUCUCUUAAGACAAAAGAAAAUUUUAAUUUUCUUCAUUUGAAUAGAAAUGCUUGUUACCAACCUAUGUCUUUUCGACCAAGAAUAUUGAUAGUGGGAGAACCAGGAUUUGGACAGGGUUCUCACUUGGCACCAGCUGUCAUUCAUGCUUUGGAAAAAUUUACUGUGUAUACAUUAGACAUUCCUGUUCUUUUUGGAGUUAGUGCUAUGUCCCCUGAAGAAACAUGUGCCCAGAUGAUUCGUGAAGCUAAGAGAACAGCACCAAGCAUAGUGUAUGUUCCUCAUAUCCACUUGUGGUGGGAAAUAGUUGCACCAACACUCAAAGCCACAUUUACCACAUUAUUACAGAAUAUUCCAUCAUUUGCUCCAGUUUUACUACUUGCAACUUCUGACAAACCCCAUUCUGCUCUUCCAGAAGAGGUAAUUUAUACUUUAAAAAGAGAGUUGUUUGUACCAAAGCUUUUCUCUGUAGUUUAUAGUUCUGGAGUUUUGCAGGCCUUGGAGGUACUCCCAGUAGCACCGCCACCUGAGCCAAGACCAUUGACAGCAGAAGAAGUAAAACAACUAGAAGAACAAGAAGAAGAUACAUUUAGAGAACUGAGGAUUUUCUUAAGAAAUGUUACACACAGACUUGCUAUUGACAAGCGAUUCCGAGUAUUUACUAAGCCUGUUGACCCUGAUGAGGUUCCUGAUUAUGUCACUGUAAUAAAGCAACCAAUGGACCUUUCAUCUGUAAUCAGUAAAAUUGAUCUACACAAAUAUCUGACUGUGAAAGACUAUUUGAGAGAUAUUGAUCUAAUCUGUAGUAAUGCUUUAGAAUACAAUCCCGAUAGAGAUCCUGGAGAUCGUCUUAUUAGGCAUAGAGCCUGUGCUUUAAGAGAUACUGCCUAUGCCAUAAUUAAAGAAGAACUUGAUGAAGACUUUGAACAGCUCUGUGAAGAAAUCCAGGAAUCUAGAAAGAAAAGAGGUUGUAGCUCCUCCAAAUAUGCCCCAUCUUACUACCAUGUGAUGCCAAAGCAAAAUUCCACUCUUGCUGGUGAUAAAAGAUCAGAUGCAGAGCAGAAUGAAAAGCUAAAGACACCCAAUACUCCCAUGGCUUGCAGCACUCCUGAAAUGGGUGUUCUGCGAAUGACUCGAGCUAGGCGUUCCCAAGUAGAACAGCAGCAGCUCAUCAGUGUUGAAAAGGCUUUGGCAAUUCUUUCUCAGCCUACACCCUCACUUGUUGUGGACCAUGAGCGAUUAAAAAAUCUUUUGAAGACUGUUGUUAAAAAAAGUCAAGAAUACAAUAUAUUUCAAUUGGAACAUUUGUAUGCGGUAAUCAGCCAGUGUAUUUAUCAGCAUCGCAGUGACUAUGAUAAAACAACACUUAUUCAGAAAAUGGAGCAAGAGGUAGAAAACUUCAUUUGUUCCAGAUCAUGA